GAGUUUAGAGGAAGAGGAAUCGAGAAGUUGGGCCGAGUGUUUGCUGGAUGCCACCGCUGGUCCGUGUUCAGCUGCAUGUGGCUGCUGCUGGCCUUCUGCCUGUUUAUGAGGAAUGAGCUCAGGUGCUUCUUCUACUGUCUUCUGAACGUGCUGCUGGUUCUUCUAUGGACACAGAUUGAGGUGCGGCGUCCAGUGCAGAUACAGUGAAGUGGAGAGCGGAAGAUGCCGGCCCCGCCUCCCCCACCACCCCCAGGGCCUCCCCCGCCUCCCACGUUCGCUGCUGCGAACACCGAGAAGCCGAGUCUGAACCGCUCGGAGCAGCAGGGAAGGAACGCCCUGUUGACCGAUAUUUGUAAAGGCGCCAGACUAAAGAAGGCCGUCACCAAUGACCGCAGUGGACCCUCGCUGGAGAAGCCUAAAGGAGGAGGAGGAGGAGGCGGUGGUGGUGGAGGUGGAGGUGGAGGUGGAGGAGGUGGCGGCGGCGGCGGUUUUGGCGGCGGAUCUCCUUCUGGUUUAGGAGGCCUGUUUGCAGGAGGGAUGCCCAAACUGAGGUCUGCAACCAACAGAGAGUCCACCGACUCUCCACCCAGCCGAGGACCCGCUCGCCCCGGAGGCCCCAGCCCGUUUGGUGGUGGUGGCCCUGCCGGCCCCCCUAAGUUCCCAGGAUCCCCUGCUGGCGGCCGCGGCGGCGCCCCCGACCUCCCCAAAGGCCGCCCCAACCACUCCUCCCGACAGGACUCUCCAGGAGGAGCCCCUCCUCCGGUUCCCAACACGCCUCGACCCAGCCCGGGCUUCCCGUCCCGCGGGGGUCCCUCCCCGCCGUCGCUGCCUGCAGCGCCCAGACCCGGCUUCGCCUGUGCUCCUCCGCCGCCCAGCGUCCCCUCAGGCAGGCAUGGACCUCUGCCUCCCCCGCCGGGAGGCUCCUCGCCGGGGCCUCGACCGGGCUUCUCAGCACCUCCUCCUCCGCCUCCCAACAACAGCAGACCUCCGUUACCGCCGACUCCAGGAGGGAGGCCGCCGCUGCCCGACGACCGGCCGCCGCCGCCUCCGGCCCCGGGUCACCGGCCGUCGAUGCCCCGCGACAUGCCGCCCCCUCCCCCGUCCAUCAACUCCAAACCUCCCCCCUCCAUGUCCUCCCCUUCCUCUCGCUCCCCCGCAGGUGGAGGUGCGCCUCCUCUGCCACCGGGCCGACCGGGUCCUCCUUCCAUCCCGCCGAGUCCGGCUGUGGGCGACGACCACAACACGCCUCGCCUGCCCCUGAGGAACAGCUCGCUCAACAGCCACGCUCCAGCGCCGCCUCACGGCCGGUCGGGUCCGCUCCCUCCUCCGCCCAACGAGAGGCCGCCUUCUCUGGGUCGGAACCAGUCGUCAGUUCGCUCAGGCCCUCUUCCUCCUCCGCCUCCUUCGGGUCGUAGCGUGGGCGGGGGCAGCGUGAGGUCAUCGCCGGCUCCUUCUCCUAUGGGUCGGCCCGGCCCAGAACCCCCUCGUGGCGGACCGGGCGGCAGGCCUCCUCUUCCUCCGGACAGACCGGGCGUCGGAGGGGCGCCUCCUCCUCCGCCGCCGAUCGGCAACGGGUUCCAGAACUCUCACCACAACCAGACACAAGACGAGUGGGAGUGCCGCUUCACGUUCCACCCGGUGUCCGACCUUCCUCCGCCUGAGCCCUACGUCCCCUUCCCCAAGACCUACCCCAGCAAGAUCGGCAAGACCGACGGCAAGGGUUCUGGUAAGAAGGAGCGAGGAGCUCCUCCUCUUCCUCCCAUCCCCAGGUGAAGAAGCUCCGGCGGCCGCCAACACUUGGACCUCCGCCUCCUGCUCCUCCUGCUCCUCCUCUCCGUCUCUGUUUCUUUCUCUGUCGCGCUUCGACCUGCAGCAUCUUUUCAAACGGACCUGACGUCCAGUCGACCAAGUAGAAGGACCGACUCCCGACGAGGAGUCCACAUCACAACCAAAGCCUGCUCGCUCUCCGGUGCACCGUGUUUCUGUUCAGGUUUACGCUCUGGAACCAGUUCUGGUGGCCUUUCGUUGCUCCGAGUCGUGGAUCUGUCAUGACUUCAUUCCUUUAACCUUCUCAGCCUUUGCUCACGUUUUAUCAGAAGAACAUACUUGACCAACGUUGCAGGUACCAGGUGUGAGUUCCCCUGCAGCUCAGUUAGACGAAACCAAUCCUCCCGAUAGUUCCACGUCACAGGGUCUCCAUGGAGCAACUUCUUAUGCAAAGAAAUCACCGUCUUCAAGUGUUGAGAAGCUGUGAGCUGUCUUCUUUUGUUUUUUAUCCAACCAGUGUUCAGCCUUUUCUGUCCAGGAUUGUACUGAAGGCUGCCUGCAGAGGGAAUUAGCCAAGGAUGCCUCUUGUGCCUUAAAUUAUGUGUUUGUUCUGCCCCUGUUUGUCUUCAGCUGGAUUGAAUCCCCUCCGAUAGAUGUAAAGGAUGUAAAGCAGCUUGGUGAGGGUGAACGUUUAAUGUGCCAAAGCCACGCGUGCCUUCACGACGUGGGUCCACGUCUGUGCGUCUCUGUUGGAAGCGGUACUUUUUUUUAUUUUGUGUGUGAUGCUAAUGAUAGAGUUUUAAGAGGACGCUGUGAGCUGAUUGUUGAGUCACCAUGAAGGCCCGUGCAUGUGUCCGUGUUGUUUUAAGUUAUGUUCCAGGAGUGUGCAGUAUUACGUUCCGGCUUCGUGUUGUUAUUGUCAGCGCCGAGGAGGCCUUUCCUUACAGACAAUCAUACGGAAGUAAACCUAUGUACGUGAGAGAAUAAAACGCUUUAAGAUGCUUCGUGCGCUCUGCUCGGGCUGAGGACGGGCCGCUUUUAUCGGACCGUGCGUCGGAAGAGAUUUGAUUUGGGGUGAGCUGUAGAGCCGCAUCCAGACGAAGUGACUUGUUUUUGUAUUAUCAGAUAAACCAUAUGCACCAUUUACAUAUCUGUGCAAUAAAAUCAGGCAAUAAAGUGAUGCGAGAGUGUCAUCAAACACA